CUCUUUGUGGGUUUGUGUUUUGUGGGUGAGGAUGUUCUUUUUGUCUUGUAUGUUUUGUGCAAAAGAAAGGCACAUAUGCCUUUCCCUUUCUAACUUUUGAUCCCUUUUUGCCUCACACAGUUUUCUUUGAACUUUUAUUUGCAAUAAAGUUGAACCCAAAAAAAAUUAAAUAAAAAAUGUGCCUUUGAUUGCGCUGUUAACCAUUUUCUUGGCAUUCUCUAUUCAAAUUCUCUAUAUGGGUUCUGGCUCAUUUAGAGGGAAAAUUAGGGGAGAGAAAGUUGGAAUGAUGAUGGGUUGAAUUCUGGGAGCAGAGCAUGGGUUGGUGUAAUCAUUGGUUAAACCUUUCAUCAUCAUCUUUUUUUUUUUUGGCUUUAAUCUUUUGCUUUUCGGUUAGAAAGGCCGAGAGAAUCUGAUCCCUUCUCAUUUUGUCUCUGAUGAGAUUAAGGCGUAGACAAUGCAUUCCUUCUUGCUCUUCUCAUCACAGAGUUGAUGAAGAUGAAGCUUAUUGGAGAAGGAAGAAGGCCAGUGAAGAGUUGGCAUGGUCUCAUAAUUCUGCUCACGUAAUAUCACAGUUAACCCAAUGUUUUACUAAUGCUAUGGUUGGACCACGAUCAUGGAUAGGAGGGAUCUUUAGCCGCUCAGGCAAUAGGCGUUAUGGAAAUGAAAAAUUCAUUGACUAUCAUUUGAGUCCUCUUCAGGAACAAAGACUUCAAAGACUUCAAGAACGAUUGUACGUGCCUUUUGAUGAGACUCGGGCUGAUCAUCAGAAAGCUCUUAGAGAGUUGUGGUGUGCGGCCUUCCCAGAUGUUUCUCUUAGAGGUUUGAUCUCUGAACAAUGGAAAGAUAUGGGGUGGCAGGGUGCUAAUCCAUCUACUGACUUUAGUCCCUCAAGAAAUAAAAUGGAAUGGUUUCAAAUUUGGACAUGUCAAAUGCAAUCUAAGAUAUAUAUGUUGGGUGCAUAUGAUGCUGGACAAGAAUCUGAGAGGGGUUGUGGUUUUAUUUCGCUCGAGAAUUUGCUGUUUUUUGCAAGGAGUUAUCCGGAUUCUUUUCAUAGGUUGUUGUUCAAGAAAGGAGGGAAACGAGCGACAUGGGAAUAUCCGUUUGCUGUUGCUGGCAUUAAUGUAUCAUUCAUGUUGAUUCAGAUGCUCGAAUUGGACUCAGAAAAACCGAGAUGUCUUCCAGGAAUGAAUUUCGUUAAAUUAUUAGGAGAGGAUGAAGAAGCCUUUGAUGUUUUAUACUGUAUAGCUUUUGAAAUGAUGGAUGCUCAGUGGCUUGCUAUGCGUGCUUCAUAUAUGGAGUUUAAUGACUGGUCUUUCUUUAAUCUUGGAUAUCCACUGAAUCGCUUAACUGAUGAAUAGAAGAACCAAAGAUGUAGUGUGGAGAAACAGUGUAGCGAGAGAGUAUACCAAACAAAGAUGAAGGAAUUAGGUAAGCGAGUACUCUAUAGAGAGAUAGACAAGAAUAUCAAUACUGUAAAUCAUACAACUCAGAAGAUGGUUUGAAAUUCCGAUAAAAAAAAGAAAAAAGAGAAGAUGGUUUGAAACUUUGUAACACUAUUUUCUUUUCCAAUAAUGCCCAUCAAACAACAGCUAAAUAGCUAUGCUUUUUUUAUGUUGCCUUUUGUUUUUUUUGUUUUUUGUUUUUUUUUCCCUUCCCCUUUAUUUUCUUAUUUGUGAGGAUGCCUCAUCCUCAUUUCUUCUUUUUGAUUUAUCAAUAACAUUUUUGUUGUUGAUCCAAAAAAAAAAAAAAAAAAA